CAAAGGCAAGUCAGUUCGUUUCUGAUUGAAAAUUGAAAUCAGUCAAAAGGGCCGGGCAAAACUGUAAAAUUGAUGGUGGUCAUACGGUUCAGCACAAAAGGAUUCGUCCGACUUAGUUGUCUGGUGCAGCUGUUUCAUGAUCUGAUGCACUGAGGCUGUGACAAGAUUCAAGGAAAAGGAUGUCUCACUACACGGAUGAGCCUCGCUUCACCAUCGAGCAGAUCGACCUGCUCCAGCGGCUGCGUCGCACGGGCAUGACGCGCGCCGAGAUCCUGCACGCACUGGACACGCUGGAGCGGCUGGACCGCGAGCACAGCGACAAGUUCGGCCGCCGUCUGUCCGGCGGGGUCAUGGCCCCCCCGGCCUCGGUCGCCGGCGGCGGCCCCGCCUCCUCCUCCUCCUCGGCGACCGUCGUCGCCGCCAACAACAACAGCGUCGCCGCCGGCGACGGGAUGCCCGCCCCGACGGCCCUCCCCUCCACCACCUCCAUCGCCACGCAGACGCAGUACCACGGCGCCAUGUCGCCGUCGCUGAGCAACAGCUACGCCCCGUCGCCCCCGCCCGCCCCGGGCCCCCCGCCCUCCUCGGCGGCCGCUCUCCUGCCCUCGCCCGUCUCGCUGGUGGCCCUGGCGCAGAACGGCCGCGACAACCUGGCCGCCACGCCCAACGGCAAGCUGUCGCCGCCGCGCUACCCCGUCAACAGCGCCCGCGCGUUCGCCUUCGAGGCAGCCGAGGAGGACAUGGACGUCGACGACAAGGUGGAGGAGCUCAUGAGGAGGGACAGCAGCAUGGUCAAGGAGGAGAUCAAGGCCUUCCUGGCCAACCGCCGCAUCUCUCAGGCUGUGGUAGCCCAGGUCACAGGCAUCAGUCAGAGCCGCAUCUCCCACUGGCUGCUACAGCAGGGCUCAGACCUGAGCGAGCAGAAGAAGAGGGCCUUUUACCGCUGGUACCAGCUGGAGAAAACCACCCCAGGUGCCACUCUGAACAUGCGGCCCGCCCCUAUGUCCCUGGAGGAGAUCGAGUGGCGUCAGACUCCGCCCCCCCUGACCACGGCGGUUGGCAGCUUCCGUCUGCGCCGAGGAAGCCGCUUCACCUGGAGGAAGGAGUGUCUCGCCGUCAUGGAGAGUUACUUCAAUGAGAACCAGUACCCAGAUGAGGCCAAGCGGGAGGAGAUAGCUAAUGCCUGCAACGCUGUCAUUCAGAAACCAGGGAAGAAGCUUUCUGACCUGGAGAGAGUGACCUCCCUCAAAGUGUACAACUGGUUUGCCAACCGCCGCAAGGAGAUCAAGCGACGUGCCAACAUUGAAGCCACAAUCCUGGAGAGCCAUGGCAUCGACGUCCAGAGCCCUGGUGGCCACUCCAACAGUGACGACAUCGACGGCAACGACUAUGCCGAGCAGCUGUCGUUGCAGGGCUGUGACGUCCCCUACUUUGAGAAGAGAUCCAUGACCCGGCCGUUUGGCUUCUACCGCCUGGAACCCACCUCUCCCACACAGGACGAUGCCGCUGGUCACAACGACCACCAGGACCCCAUCUCGCUGGCGGUGGAGAUGGCGGCUGUCAAUCACACCAUCCUUGCCCUGUCACGGCCCGGAGCAGGCGGAGUCCCCAGUGACAUCAAGACCGAGGCGCUGGAGGACGAGUGAGCUGAAUGCAAUAUCACGGGGGAGGGGAGGGGUCAGCGGAAGUCUACGUUUGAAAAUCUGUGUGUGUGCGUGUGUGUGUGUGUGUGUAUGUGUGUGUGUGUGUGGAGGAGACUUAUUGUAAUGACCAAACCAACGCUUAAACCCCAGCCCCUUCCCCACUUCUACUCUGGAAGCAGCAUCAUAUCUCCUGGACUCACCCAAUCACUGUUUGCUCCUCUUCUUCUCAGACGACUCUCAACAACCGUAUCUCGUAACAUGUCGGUUCUCUCCAGUCACUUGCAGAGACACUUUGAGGAGUAGGGACGGAAAACUUCAGCCAUAUUUUUUGCCCAGAUACCUUCGGUUUCCUUCGCAUUUUAUCCGAACCAACCUCCCCCACUUGCAGGACCUCCAAACACACUCUGUACCUCUUCUUCAGUCUCAGCGUCAGACCUGUAGAGUAGAAGGCUCUCUCGUGUACCUCUUUUUAAAUCCUUGACCGUGUGCUUCCAUGGGUCUGUGUGUUCGUGUUCAUUAAAGGAUGUGGCUAGAGGGAGGACCGCAACCAUGGACUGAGGACUGCUGGUAAUUGAGGUGGAUGAGGGAAGGGGUCCCCCCCUCCCACCCAUCUCUUUACCUGUUGGGAUCCUGGACUCCCUGAACACUGAGAGCCCGGAGCGUCCCAUUGUGGUGUUCGAAGUGCUCCCUCCUCCUCCCUCCGGAAUCUCUUGGACUGUGUGGUUCAGGUGGAGAACUAUGAAAGAAGCCGGUCCCUCAGAAUCUGGUGGGGAACGUACCUUCAGGUGCGGUCCGGACGGGUCAGACCCAAACGGGGUCAGACGCAGGUACCACACUGAGAACAACUAACUGACACCGGAAUUUUAGUUUUUUUUUUUGUUUUGUUUUUUUUGUUUUUGUUUUCACUUUUGCUGUUCUAUCUUCCAUAACAGUGAUGAUGUGUUAUAUAAGCCAGCUAUACCCAAAGUCAUUGUGGAUUGGGAAAACUUUGAGCUUUAUGUGUCUUUCUGAAUCUAAGAUAGCCCUAAGUCAGCUGUCCGUUAUGUUUGGAAAAAGGAAUUGAUCGUUCCUUAAAUGUUCGCUUUCUAAUGUGUGAGAUUGAGAAUUCAAUUAUCUAUUUCUAAACUGAUGAAUAGAAAUCAGGCGAACUGCUAUUUACAAGAUGUCUGGGCAAAGAGAACGUCUUCAAAACAUGACUCCGCCACUGUCAGAUCAGUAGUAUUUCCUCAAACUAUUUUCAACUGUCUCCAGAUGUACCUGCUUCUCAGAGUACCUAGAACUGUCUUUGUGUUGUCAUCAAGAGAAAUGUCCUCUAUUGUUUUGAGGUCUGUAAGCUGACAGUCGCCUCACUUUAAAGCGUAAUGCUCUUGGUAGCGUUUAUCUUUUUUAAAAAAAUGGUAUAAUCAUAAGAGAAGUAACUGUUUCAACAAACCCUCCGUAUUAAGUGGACUUAGCAGCACCUUAAAAAAAAAAAAAAAGAA